GCAGCGAGAGUGUACCUCCGAUUACGCGAGCGGCGAUUUCCCUGGUCACACUCCAGAAUGAGCACCAAAUAUCUCAGAUUGACGGAAAUUCGGCUGAACGGAGCUUUUCCGCAGAACACCGCCUCGAUAAAAGCAGCUCAAGGUCACAAGGGUAGCACGUUGAUGACAGAGACCGCAUCACGAAGUCUGCCGCUGGAACCCGAUCUCGGUCCAACACGAUGUGUACAACGGAGACGAGCGUCCCACGUUUUACUCACCCUCGUUAUGGAUUUUUUUGACCUAGACCGCACGUUCCCAAAACUACGCCCGCACCUCCCUGUCUUUCUGGCAUCAUAUGCGCUGUUCAAUGUCAUCCACCUAUUCCUUGUCCCGCUCAUAGGCAAUUUGCUUUUUCCUGCGCAAUGGAACAAAAUGAACAGACGGGCACGGAAUAAUUGGGCUAUCCACGUCUGUUCUCAGGCUCACGCGUUGAUCAUCGUGCCUCUCGCGUUGCGUCGUCUGCAGCUACCGGAGCUAGAUGCGAACCGCGCCUUCGGCUGGAACGAACAGAGUGGGACCCUGCAGGCUAUCGCAGUCGCAUACUUUUUGUGGGAUGCAAUCGACGCGAUAUACAACUUUGAAAGCGUCGGGUUCGUGCUCCAUGGUGUCGCCUGCACGGCUAUCUAUCUGUGUGCUUUCAAACCAUUUCUUGCAUACUAUGCCGCACGAUGCUUGCUCUGGGAAACGAGCACGAUAUUCCUCAACAAUCACUGGAGGUUCUCACACCUCGCCGUCCUCACAGAAGUCAUGACGUUGCGCAGGGCCCUAGACAAAAUGAAUCGCACAGGGGGGACUAUGCAGCUCCUCAACGGCGUCUUCCUGAUCUCAAGCUUCUUCCUGUCCGGUUGA